AUGACUCAUGGAUCAGGUAAGGAUAGAAGUCAUGGAUUAGGUAAGGAUAGGAAUCAUGGAUCAGGUAGUGAUAGAAGUCAUGGAUUAGGUAAGGAUAGGAAUCAUGGAUCAGGUAGUGAUAGAAGUCAUGGAUUAGGUAAGGAUAGGACUCAUGGAUCAGGUAAGGAUAGGGGUCAUGGAUCAGGUAAUGAUAGGACUCAUGGAUCAAGUAAGGAUAGAACUCAUGGAUCAGGUAGUGAUAGGGGUCAUGGAUCGAGUAAUGAUAGGACUCAUGGAUCAAGUAAGGAUAGAACUCAUGGAUCAGGUAAGGAUAGGACUCAUGGAUCAGGUAAUGAUAGGACUCAUGGAUCAG